AUGGGGUCCCAUAAUGACGACAAUGAGCCGCGUGUCGCGUCGUCGCGUCGCAGCUUCGAUUUCGCGGUUCGUCCGCUGCAGCGUCAAGUUCCGGAGCGCUUGGAACGUCCUUUGCCAGAACGGACCUUUCCCGAACGCCUUCUGGUAUCGUGUUUUCCCUUCUUCCGCCCAGUAAUCCACUCAGCCGAUCCCGUACCCUCUCUAGAAGCCGCUGAUGACGUCAGCGUCCGUCUCGCUGACGCGAACCACGCGCUUCACGAUAACGAAAACGAUGAGGACGGUAAUAACGGGGACGCCAGGGGUGGAUCUUAUGCGCGUUCUCUGCUGCCACGUGUCAUCGGAUCCCUAUGCCGCUGCUUGCCUUGGCAUUGGACGGGGAAUGAAAUCCAUGGCGUGGCGAGGCGAUUAGGGGAAGCCGCUACUCUUGGGUCGAAUCAAAUAGCGAGGCGAUUAGGGAAAGCUUCGGACAAGCAAGCUGGCGGAGACGAGGACGGGGAGACUGCGACGGGGGAAACGGAGGAGGAGGUCAGGAGGGAAGGACAGAAUGAGGCGAAAGGGAAGGGAGUGAAGGAGGUCAAGAGGGAAGGGGAGAAGGAGGUUAGGGAGGAGGGAGAGGAGGAGGAGCCUCCGGUGUAUCUGAGAUUCGAAAACCAGACGGAAGCAACUGUGAACGUGCUGUGGCUGUCACACACAGGCGAGGAGCGCUGCUACUUCACCCUCUUUGCUGCUGCUCCCUUCACCAUUUCCAACCGCGCCAAUUUCUUUCAAAACCAUCCCACACAGACGCAAGCUGCAGUGGACGUGCUGUGGCUGUCGCACACAGGCGAGGAGCACUGCUACUUCACCCUUCAGCCUGCGUGCUGCAACACUCAGGCGACCUUUGAGGGGAACGUGUGGCUCGUGCGUGAUGCUGCCACUCAGAAGCUGUUGCACCACAGAGUGAAGGUUGCCCUUCGUUCCUCGGUCGGCCGUCGACAGAGGUACCUCAUCCGCCCACGCCCAUCCCAGCAGCACAUACUGGUUGGUACUGCUAACGCUGCAGUUGCUGCUGCUGGUGAUACUGCAACUGCUGAUGGUGGUACCACAACUGCCGGUGCUGCUUCCAUCGGUGCGGGCAGCAGCAGCAAGCGAGUGGUAAUGGAGGAGGAGGCAGAGGGGGACGUGCGCGUGCCGUCAUGUUACAGGCAGGUGGUGGGCACGGCAGUGGGCGUGCCGGUGGUGGCGCAUGGGCGUGUGUGCAUGCCGGCACUCUGUGCUGCUGCUGACAUCGUCGAGCAUAUGCUGCAGCUCACCCCGCCUGCCAUAAUAACCCGGUUACAAGACAACUGGUGCAAGGUGGCCGUGAUUGGUCGAGAGCAGGUGACGACAGACAUACUGGAGCACUCGCACCUGAGGGGGACUCGCACGGACGAUGGCCGGGACUGGGACUGUGAG